UAUAUGUGUGGAAUAUUAAAUAAGAGUUGUUUUUUUUUUUGGUUAAUGUUUAUCUUUGUUACACUAUGUCCAAUUAAGCAAUUUUUACUUUGUUGCAUUCAUCAUAUUAUUCUAAUUUUAAUGUAGGUGGCUACUACAAGUAAGUGUGUACAAUUGCCAGCUGGACCAAUGAGUGCUAUAUUGCAGCCUUUGCCUACCAUUAAUCAAGACCAACAUGGAAAUCAACAAGUACAGUUGCAGGAGCAGCCACAACCGCAGGUGCAAGCAAAGCGAGUGCGAUGUCAGGUUGCACCCAUGAGUGCUAUAUUGCAGCCUUUGCCUACCACUAGUCAAGACCAGCAUGAAAAUCAGCCGGUACAAUUGUAGGCGCAGCCGCAAGUGCAAGCAAAGUGAGUGCCAUAUCGGGCUGCACCUAUAAGUACUAUAUUGCAGCCUUUGCCUACCAUUAGUCAAGACCAGCAUGGAAAUCAACCACCACCAACUAUCAUGAGUUCCAAUCACCAUCUGAUGAAGGUCACAUAAAUGAGAGAGUCGUGGAGCUAGAAUCACAUAAACAUUCUAUGUGCAGUCACACUACUCCAAACUUGCACUCGCUGGAACAAACCAAUGAAGGGUCAAGAACUUCAAUUGGAGCAGAUCCCAACUCGCAACAACAGAGAGCCAAUGGGAGAGGCUUUGCUCGUCCAUUUGUUGGGUGGGGGAACAAGAGCGAAAUUAGAAGUUAAAUUGAAUAAAGACGAUCAACCAAUAGGUAACACGGCAGGUCCCUUACAAAGUCAACUUGGCAUCUUAGCAAGAAACGCAACUUUGGCACCCUUAACUUUUACUAAUUGGAGGGCUCCGGAGCUAUAUCCAUACAAGGAACGCAUAUGGACAGAGGUUAAGGAAAAUACAACCACACCAGAUGCUUAUAAGCAUAAUUGUCUGAUGUCUGUUGGAAAGAAAUGGAAGGAUUGGAAAGAUGAGCUUAAAAGAACUACUUAUAACUUAUAUGAUAAUGAUGAAGACCAUUUGGCGAAUUGUUUGAAUAGGGUCGAUCCUAAUCAAUGGAGAGUUCUUGUUCAAUUUUGGGGCACUAAAACAGCCAAGAGACGAAGUAAAACCAACCGUAAAAGCAGACACGAACAGAAAAUGGGACACACGAGUGGGAGGAAGGGCAACAGAACUAAACCACAAUCAUGA